ACUUGUGAUGGACCCUAGAAAUACUGCUAUGUUAGGAUUGGGUUCUGACUCCGAAGGAUUUUCAAGGAAGAGUCCCUCUGCCGUCAGUACUGGCACAGUGGUCAGCAAGAGAGAAGGAGAGCUAGAGAACAACGCGAAAGAGGAGGAGGACCUUCGCAAGUGGAAUCGGGAAAGAAACAGUGAAGCAGGGAAAGAGGAUGGUUUGACUGAUGCACAGCAACAGUUUUCAGUGAAAGAAACAAACUUUUCAGAGGGCAACGUGAAAUUGAAAAUUGGCCUUCAGGCUAAGAGAACUAAAAAACCUCCAAAGAACUUGGAGAACUAUGUGUGUCGACCUGCCGUAAGAACAACCAUCAAGCACCCAAGGAAAGCACUUAAAAGCGGGAGGAUGACUGAUGCGAAGAAUGAGCCCUGCCCUCCAAAACGGGACCCUUCAAAGUUGUACAAGAAAGCAGGUGAUGUUGCAGCCAUUGAAUGCCAAUCCGAAGAAGGCAUCCGUCUUCAUUCACAGGGAGAAAACAGUCCUUUGUCGAAGAAGCUGUCUCCAGUACACUCAGAAAUGACAGAUUACAUUAAUGCAACAUCAUCUACUCUUGUUGGGAGCCGGGAGCCUGAUUUAAAGGACCGAGCAUUACUUAAUGGAGGAACGAGUGUAACAGAGAAGUUGGCACAGCUCAUCGCAACUUGCCCUCCCUCUAAGUCUUCCAAGACUAAACCGAAGAAGUUGGGAACUGGCACUGCUGCGGGAUUGGUUAGCAAAGAUUUGAUCCGGAAAGCAGGCGUUGGCUCUGUAGCUGGAAUACUACAUAAGGACUUAAUAAAAAAACCAGCCAUCAGCACAGCAGUUGGAUUGGUAACUAAAGAUCCUGGGAAAAAGCCAGUGUUUAAUGCAACAGUAGGAUUGGUCAAUAAGGACUCUGUGAAAAAACUAGGAACGGGCACUACGGCGGUGUUCAUUAAUAAAGACUUAGGCAGAAAGCCAGGAACUGUCACUACAGUAGGACUGCUGAGCAAGGAUUCAGGAAAGAAGCUAGGAAUUGGGAUUGUUCCAGGGUUAGUGAACAAGGACUCUGGAAAGAAGUUAGGACUUGGCACUGUGGUUGGGCUGGUUAAUAAAGACUUGGGAAAGAAAUUGAGUUCUACUGUCGGCCUAGUGGCCAAGGACUGUGCAAAGAAGAUUGUAGCAAAUUCAGCAAUGGGAUUAGUUAACAAGGACAUGGGAAAGAGACUGGUGAGUUGCUCUAUGGCAGGCCUGGUCAGUAAAGAUGCCAUAAACCUUAAAGCCGAAGCACUGCUCCCCACUCAGGAACCACUUAAGGCUUCUUGUAGUACAAACAUCAGUAGUCAUGAAAGUCAGGAACUUUCUGAAUCCCUGAAAGACAGCACCACCAGCAAAACUUUUGAGAAGAAUGUUAUACGGCAGAGUAAAGAAAGCAUAUUGGAAAAGUUCUCAGUUCGAAAAGAAAUCAUCAAUUUGGAGAAAGAAAUGUUCAGCGAAGGAACAUGCAUUCAGCAAGACAGUUUCUCAUCCAGUGACAGGGGGCCUUAUGAAACCUCAAAGCAUGAAAAGCAACCUCCCGUGUACUGCACUUCUCCGGACUUUCAAAUGGGAGCUGCUUCAGACGCAUCCACAGCAAAAUCCCCGUUCAGUGCAGUAGGAGAGAGCAGUCUCCCGUCCCCAUCGCCCACCGUAUCUGUCAACCCUCUAACCAGAAGUCCCCCUGAAACUUCACAGCUGGCCCCUAAUCCAUUGCUUUUAAGUCCUUCCACAGAAUUAAUGGAAGAAAUUUCUGAAUCUGUUGGAAAGAACCAGUUUACUCCUGAAAGUACCCACUUGAACAUUGGUCAUAGGUCCGUGGGUCACAGCAUGAACAUCGAAUGUAAAGGGAUUGAUAAAGAGCUAACUGAUUCAAAAACCGCGCAUCUAGAUAUUCCAAGAAUAAGCUCUUCCCUGGGAAAAAAGCCAAGUUUGACUUCCGACUCCAGUAUUCACGCAAUUACCCCUUCGGUUGUUAACUUCACUAGUUUAUUUAGUAACAAGCCCUUUCUAAAACUUGGUGCAGUAGGUGCGUCGGACAAACACUGCCAAGUGGCUGAAAGCCUAGGCACGAGUUUGCAGUCGAAACCAUUGAAAAAACGGAAAGGAAGGAAACCUCGGUGGACUAAAGUGGUGGCGAGAAGCACGUGCCGGUCUCCCAAAGGGCUAGAGUUAGAAAGAUCAGAGCUUUUUAAGAAUGUUGCCUGUAGCUCACUAUCAGGUAGUAAUUCUGAGCCAGCCAAGUUUAUGAAAAACAUCGGACCAUCUUCGUUUGUAGAUCAUGACUUCCUGAAACGCCGAUUGCCAAAGCUGAGCAAGUCCACGGCCCCGUCUCUUGCUCUCCUAACUGAUAGCGAAAAACCCGCUCACAAGGCUUUUGCUACUCACAAGCUCUCCUCCAGUAUGUGUGUCUCUAGUGACCUUUUGUCUGACAUUUAUAAGCCCAAGAGGGGAAGACCUAAAGCUAAGGAGAUGCCUCAACUGGAAGGGCCACCUAAGAGGACUUUAAAAAUCCCUGCCUCUAAAGUGUUUUCUUUGCAGUCUAAGGAAGAACAGGAACCCCCGAUCUUACAGCCAGAAAUCGAAAUUCCUUCCUUCAAGCAAAGUCUGUCUGUGUCUCCUUUUCCGAAAAAGAGAGGCAGACCGAAGAGGCAGAUGAGGUCACCGGUCAAGAUGAAGCCGCCUGUACUAUCCGUGGCUCCGUUUGUUGCCACCGAGAGUCCAAGCAAGCUGGAGUCUGAAAGCGAUAACCAUCGGAGCAGCAGUGAUUUCUUUGAGAGUGAGGAUCAGCUUCAGGACCCAGACGAUCUGGACGACAGGCAUAGGCCCGCUGUCUGCAGCAUGAGUGACCUAGAGAGGGAUCCAGAUAAAAAAAUGACCAAGAGAAACAACGGACAGCUAAUGAAAACAAUUAUCCGCAAAAUAAAUAAAAUGAAGACUUUGAAGAGGAAGAAACUGCUGAAUCAGAUUCUGUCAAGCUCCGUAGAAUCAAGUAGUAAAGGGAAAGUGCAAUCCAAACUCCAUAAUACAGUGUCCAGUCUUGCCGCCACGUUUGGCUCUAAAUUGGGCCAGCAGAUAAACGUCAGCAAGAAAGGAACCAUUUACAUAGGAAAGAGAAGGGGUCGAAAACCAAAAACGGUCUUAAACGGCAUUCUUUCUGGUAGCCCUACCAGCCUUGCUGUCCUUGAGCAAACUGCUCAGCAGGCAGCUGGCUCGGCAUUAGGACAGAUCCUUCCCCCUUUGCUGCCCUCCUCUGCUAGUGGGUCAGAGAUUCUCCCGUCACCUGUGUGCUCCCAGUCUUCUGGGACUAGUGGGGGUCAGAGCCCUGUGAGCAGUGACGCGGGCUUCGUGGAACCCAGUUCAGUGCCGUAUCUGCAUUUACACUCCAGACAGGGCAGUAUGAUCCAGACGCUUGCAAUGAAGAAGGCCUCAAAGGGGAGGAGGCGACUGUCUCCUCCUACUUUGUUGCCGAAUUCUCCCUCCCACUUAAGUGAACUCACCUCCCUGAAGGAGGCCACUCCUUCUCCCAUUAGUGAGUCUCACAGCGACGAGACCAUUCCCAGCGAUAGUGGAAUCGGAACCGAUAAUAACAGCACUUCGGACAGAGCAGAGAAGUUUUGUGGACAGAAAAAGAGGCGGCAUUCUUUUGAGCAUGUUUCUCUGAUUCCCCCUGAAACCUCUACAGUCCUGAGCAGUCUUAAAGAAAAACAUAAACACAAAUGUAAGCGCAGGAAUCACGAUUACCUCAGCUAUGACAAGACGAAGAGGCAGAAACGAAAACGGAAAAAGAAAUACCCCCAGCUCCGAAGCAGACAGGAUCCAGACUUUAUUGCAGAUCUGGAGGAACUGAUAAGUCGUCUGAGUGAAAUUCGAAUCACCCAUCGAAGUCAUCAUUUUAUCCCCCGAGACCUGCUGCCCACUAUUUUUCGCAUCAACUUUAAUAGCUUCUAUACACAUCCUUCUUUCCCCUUGGACCCUUUGCACUACAUUCGAAAACCUGACUUAAAAAAGAAGAGAGGGAGACCCCCUAAGAUGAGGGAGGCAAUGGCCGAAAUGCCCUUCAUGCACAGCCUUAGUUUUCCUCUUUCCGGUACAGGAUUCUAUCCGUCCUACGGCAUGCCUUACUCUCCGUCACCCCUUACAGCCACUCCCCUGGGACUAGGUUACUAUGGAAGGUACCCCCCCACUCUCUACCCUCCUCCGUCUCCUUCUUUCACUCCUCCGCUUCCACCUCCUUCCUACAUGCAUGCUGGUCACUUACUUCUCAACCCCACCAAAUACCAUAAGAAAAAGCAUAAGCUACUGCGACAGGAGGCCUUUCUCACAACCAGCAGGACUCCUCUCCUUUCCAUGAGCACCUACCCUAGCGUCCCUCCCGAGAUGGCCUAUGGUUGGAUGGUCGAGCACAAACAUAGGCACCGUCACAAGCACAGAGAACACCGCUCUUCUGAGCAACCCCAGGUUUCCAUGGACGCCGGCUCUUCCAGAUCUGUUUUGGAGUCCUUGAAACGCUAUCGAUUUGGGAAGGAAACUGUUGGAGAGCGAUAUAAGCAUAAGGAAAAGCACCGAUGUCAUAUGUCCUGCCCUCAUCUCUCUCCUUCGAAAAGCUUAAUAAAUCGAGAAGAACAGUGGGUCCACCGAGAGCCUUCAGAAUCUAGUCCACUGGCUUUGGGAUUGCAAACACCUUUACAGAUCGACUGUUCAGAGAGUUCUCCGAGCUUAUCCCUGGGAGGGUUCACUCCCAGCUCUGACCCGGCCAGCAGCGAUGAGCAUACAAACCUUUUCACAAGUGCAAUAGGCAGCUGCCGAGUCCCCAACCCGAACUCCAGCGGCCGGAAGAGACUAGCUGACAGUCCUGGACUGUUUUCUGCACAGGACACUUCGCUCACUCGGCCUCACAGGAAGGAGCCACUGCCUUCCGGCGAGAGGGCAGUGCAGACCGCGACAGGUUCCCAGCCAACCUCAGAGAAGUCUUCCCAGCGACUGUCCGAGAGCACGAGCAGCAGCCCUGCCCGGAAGCGGUCGUCCUCGGAGAGCACUUCGUCCACAGUGAAUGGCGUUUCCUCUCGAAGUCCGAGAGCGACCGCUUCUGGGGACGACUCCGUGGACGGUCUGCUGCAGCGGAUGGUACAACAUGAGGAUCAGGCGCCCCUGGGGAAGAGCGUCGAGGCCGCGAUCACGUCCGCCUCUGUGCCGCCUUCCUCCAGUCCGGGCCACGGCCACGGCCACGGCAAGGAGCGAGCCCCGGGGAGACCAGACAGCCUUCUCGCGCCUGCGGUCCCCGGCGACUCCUGUAGUGGUAGCAUCUCACCCCUCUCCGAGAGGUUGCCGAGCAGCCGUUCGCCCCCGCACAUCAAGAGGAGCGUAGUGGAAGCCAUGCAGCGCCAAGCUCGGAAAAUGUGCAAUUACGACAAAAUCCUGGCCACCAAGAAAAACCUGGACCAUGUCAACAAAAUACUAAAAGCCAAAAAACUGCAAAGACAGGCCAGGACAGGGAACAACUUCGUGAAACGCAGACCGGGCCGACCUCGGAAAUGCCCCCUCCAGGCCGUGGUGUCGAUGCAAGCCUUCCAGGCCGCCCAGUUGGUCGGCCCCGAGCUGAGCGAAGGCGAGGAGAGAGCAGCGGCGCCCUUCCGUCCUGACACCGUUACGGAUGUCAUUGAGGCUGUUGUCCAGAGCGUGAACCUGAGUCCAGAACAGAAGAAGGGGUUGAAGAGGAAAAGUUGGCUUUUGGAAGAACAGACCAAGAAAAAGCAGAAGCCGUUCCCAGAGGAAGAACGAGAGCGCACUGAAAGCUUUACUGAAACAACAGUUGAGAUUCCCGGUCCUCCUGAAACCCCAGCCAAGCCUCCCGAACCUGAAGGUAGCUUGCAGCCUGUGCUUUCUCUCAUCCCAAGGGAGAAGAAGGCCCCACGUCCCCCAAAGAAGAAGUAUCAGAAAGCAGGGCUGUAUUCUGACGUUUACAAAACUGCAGACUCUCUCUCAAAAUGUAUAAACUUUAAAAAAAAAAAAAAAAAAGGGACACCUGGAUGCCAGCACUUGUACCCACCAUCGCCUUCCCCGUUACAUGCUGGAAAAUAUCUAAGGCAAAAGAGAAUUGACUUCCAGCUUCCCUAUGACAUCCUUUGGCAGUGGAAACAUAAUCAGCUAUACAAAAAGCCAGAUGUCCCACUAUAUAAAAAAAUCCGUUCAAAUGUCUACGUUGAUGUCAAACCCCUUUCUGGUUACGAGGCCACCACCUGUAACUGUAAGAAGCCAGAUGAUGAUACCAGGAAGGGCUGUGUGGAUGACUGUCUCAAUAGAAUGAUCUUUGCUGAAUGUUCCCCCAACACUUGUCCCUGUGGUGAGCAGUGCUGUAACCAGAGGAUACAGAGGCAUGAGUGGGUGCAGUGUCUAGAACGAUUUCGAGCUGAGGAAAAAGGUUGGGGAAUCCGAACCAAAGAACCCCUAAAAGCCGGGCAGUUCAUCAUCGAGUACCUGGGGGAGGUUGUCAGCGAGCAAGAGUUCAGGAACAGGAUGAUUGAGCAGUAUCAUAAUCACAGCGACCACUACUGCCUGAACCUGGAUAGCGGGAUGGUGAUCGACAGUUACCGCAUGGGGAAUGAGGCCCGAUUCAUCAACCACAGCUGCGAUCCCAACUGUGAGAUGCAGAAAUGGUCUGUCAAUGGAGUGUACCGGAUCGGACUGUAUGCUCUUAAAGACAUGCCAGCUGGUACCGAGCUCACCUACGAUUACAACUUCCAUUCCUUUAACGUUGAAAAGCAGCAACUGUGCAAGUGUGGCUUUGAGAAGUGUCGAGGGAUCAUCGGGGGCAAGAGUCAGCGCAUGAACGGGCUCACCAGCAGCAAAAGCAGCCAGCCUGUGGCCACUCACAAGAAGUCUGGACGGUCAAAGGAGAAGAGGAAGUCUAAGCACAAGCUGAAGAAAAGGAGAGGCCACCUCUCCGAAGAGCCCAGUGAAAACAUCAACGCUCCCACAAGGUUGACCCCCCAGUUACAAAUGAAGCCGAUGUCUAAUCGAGAAAGGAAUUUCGUGUUAAAGCAUCAUGUGUUCUUGGUCCGGAACUGGGAGAAGAUCCGGCAGAAACAGGAGGAGGUAAAGCCCGCCAGCGGGGAUGUUCACUCAGCAUCGCUGUGUACGCGCUGGAACAGCGUCUGCCGAGAUGACGGGAACAUCAAGUCCGAUGUCUUCAUGACCCAGUUCUCCGCCCUGCAGACAGCACGAUCUGUUCGAACGCGACGGCUGGCAGCAGCUGAGGAGAACAUUGAGGUGGCGCGGGCAGCCCGCCUUGCCCAGAUCUUCAAAGAGAUCUGUGACGGCAUCAUCUCCUACAAAGAUCCUUCCCGACAAGUCCUGGCCGCGCCCCUUCUGAGCCUCCCCCCGAAGAAAAAGAACGCUGAUUAUUACGAGAAGAUCUCUGACCCCCUGGACCUGGCCACCGUAGAGAGGCGCAUCCUCACUGGCCACUACAAGACCGUGGAGGCUUUUGACGCCGACAUGCUCAAGGUCUUUCGGAAUGCUGAGAAGUACUACGGGCGUAAAUCCCCCAUCGGGAGAGAUGUCUGCCGCCUGCGGAAGACCUACUACAACGCCCGGCACGAGGCGUCGGCCCAGAUCGACGAGAUCGUGGGAGAGACGGCGAGCGAGGCAGACGGCAGCGAGGCCUCCGUCUCCGAGAAGGAGAACGUGCACGAGAAGGACGACGACGUCAUCCGCUGUGUGUGCGGCCUGCACAAGGACGAAGGCCUCAUGAUCCAGUGUGACAAGUGCAUGGUGUGGCAGCACUGUGACUGUAUGGGGGUGAACUCAGACGUGGAGCACUACCUCUGUGAGCAGUGCGACCCAAGGCCUGUGGACAGAGAGGUACCCAUGACCCCUCGGCCCCACUACGCCCAGCCCGGCUGUGUCUACUUCAUCUGUUUGCUCCGAGAUGACCUGUUGCUUCGUCAAGGCGACUGUGUGUAUUUGAUGCGGGACAGCCGGCGCACCCCUGACGGCCACCCCGUCCGCCAGUCCUACCGACUGUUGUCACACAUUAAUCGAGACAAACUUGACAUCUUUCGCAUUGAGAAGCUUUGGAAGAAUGAAAAAGAGGAGCGGUUCGCCUUUGGUCACCACUAUUUCCGCCCCCAUGAGACCCACCACUCCCCCUCUCGCCGCUUCUAUCACAACGAGCUGUUUCGGGUGCCACUGUACGAGAUCAUUCCCUUGGAGGCCGUGGUGGGGACCUGCUGUGUACUGGACCUUUACACGUAUUGCAAAGGGAGACCCAAAGGGGUGAAGGAGCAGGACGUGUACAUCUGUGACUAUCGGCUCGACAAGUCCGCACACCUGUUUUACAAGAUCCACCGGAACCGCUAUCCCGUCUGCACCAAGCCCUACGCCUUUGACCACUUCCCCAAGAAGCUCACUCCCAAAAGAGAUUUCUCGCCGCAUUACGUCCCAGACAACUACAAGAGGAACGGAGGGCGGUCCUCCUGGAAGUCUGAGCGCCCAAAGCCACCCCUAAAAGACCUGGGCCAGGAGGACGAUGCUCUGCCCUUGAUCGAAGAGGUCCUGGCCAGCCAGGAGCAAGCCGCUGAGGAGAUGCCUGGCCUGGAGGAGCCGGAGCGGGAGGGGGCCGCCGCAGAAGCGAGCGAAGGCGAGAAGAAGGCGGAGGAGAGCAGUCCGGAGCCGGCGCCUGCCUGUACCCCUGAGGAGCGACGGCACAGCCAGCGGGAACGACUCAACCAGAUCUUGCUCAAUCUCCUGGACAAAAUCCCCGGAAAAAACGCCAUCGACGUGACCUACCUGCUGGAGGAAGGAUCCGGCAGGAAGCUCCGAAGACGCACUUUGUUCAUCCCAGAGAGCAGCUUCCGGAAGUGA